GGCCAAUGGUUGUGGCUCAGCACACCGCGCGGGGGCGGCCGGGAAACCGGAAAGAAGGCCCUGCGGCUGUGGUUCCAGCAGCCUUGCAGGUACCGCCAGCCCUGCGAGAGGAACGCCUUAGGGUUGUGGCUUAGGCCGCGGCGCGGGGCUGCCAGGACACUAAAAGGAGCGUCUACAGGAGGUUGUGCAGGGGCGGCCAAGAUACCGGAACGAGGGGCCACUGCUUGUGGUUCGGAAGGGCGGCCGCGGGGGCGACUGGGAUAGCGGAAGGAGAGCCUCAUGGCUGUGCUUCCGGUGGGAGCGCGGUGGCGGCCGGGAACUCGGAAAAAGGGCCCGAUGAUGGCUGUGUUUGGGAAGAUCGCGCGGGGGCUGCCGGGAACCCGGAAGCCCGCCAGAUGACUAUGGGUCUCCGCUGUGUGGCAAUCCCGGUCUGCGGACGAAGUAAGUUCGAUACCGCCUUCCCUCGGAUGUCCGGUCGCGCGGUCGGGGCUGCGGUCGCCGGCGCGGCAGUGGUGACACUGCUGUCCGUCGCGAUCGCGCUCUGUGAGCCGCCGUUGCUCGCAGACUCGGAAUUGUCAUGGAGACAGAGCUACUUAUUUUUACAAAGAACAUUUUCACUACAUACAGCACACUUGAGAAAGGACAUGGAGAACUUCUUUCAGCUGGUAAAAAAUAUUGUGCCUGCUCUAACUGAGAAGAAACACAAAGGACAAGAUGGACGGAUUGGCAUAGUUGGGGGAUGUCAAGAGUACACAGGAGCCCCAUAUUUUGCAGCAAUGUCAGCUCUCAAAGCGGGUGCAGACUUGUCCUACGUGUUCUGUGCUAGGGAGGCCGCACCUGUGAUCAAGUCCUACAGCCCAGAGCUGAUCGUGCACCCUGUCCUGGACAGCCCGAAUGCUGUUCAGGAGGUGAAGAAGUGGCUCCCAAGAUUGCACGCCCUUGUUGUUGGGCCCGGUCUAGGUAGAGAUGACCUGCUUCUCAAGAACGUCAAGGGUAUUUUGGAAGCAUCUAAGGCCAGAGACAUCCCUAUUGUCAUCGACGCGGAUGGCCUGUGGCUGAUUGCACAGGAGCCAGCCCUCAUCCAGGGUUACCAGAAGGCCAUUCUCACUCCCAACCACAUGGAGUUCAGCAGGCUCUGGGAAGCUGUGGUCAGCAGUCCUGUGGACAGCAGUGAUGACCAUGCAUCUGUACUGAGGCUCAGUCAGGCUCUGGGGAACGUGACAGUGGUCCAGAAAGGAGAGCAUGACCUGAUUUCUGACGGCCAGCAGGUGGUCCGGUGCAGCCAGGAAGGCAGCAGCCGCAGGUGUGGUGGGCAAGGAGACCUCUUGUCGGGCUCCCUGGGCCUCAUGGCACACUGGGCCCUCCUUGCUGGACUUGAGAAAACAAAUGGGACCAGCCCACUCCUGGUGGCCGCCUGGGGUGCGUGCUCGCUCACAAGGCAGUGCAACCACCAGGCCUUUCAGAAGUAUGGCCGCUCCACCACCACCACUGACAUGAUUGCUGAGAUCGGAGCCGCAUUCAGCAAGCUCUUCGAAACCUAAGCCUGAGCCAGCAGAGACCAAAGGAAAGCACACGUGUGAGAGCACACGCUGAGCCUCAGGCCCAGCAGCACAGGCUGCUUCCGAGGGUCUUAGCCCUACCCUAACAGACUGAUGUAGAGAACUGAAGAUUGAGACAGCAAAUUUUGUGUAAACUCAAAUAUAGUUGGAGAUGUUACAACACUAAGAAAGUCUUCCUGCGCUUUUCUUAGCUUCUCAGCAGCUGAGGAGGGAGAACGAAGAGUCACACAAUGAGAAAUCCUCUCACAGCCCAGCUGCAUUUCCUGGCUCGCUCCAAGACCAGGGGGUGGUCUGGCGUCUGUUUCUCUAGCAAGGUUCCUGUUCCUAGCUGUUUCUCUCAAAGGAUCCAGUCAGUUUUCCGAUGUCUAAUGAAUACAAUUUGUUGUUUACACAAGGUCCUCCAAAGAACCUCAUUUGAUUCUAGGUUGGCUGUGGGUUAAUUUAGUGAAGUAUUUCAGAAUAGUCAGUGAGCCACACACCUCAGUCUUCUGGAGCCCUGUGGGAAACACGGAGACUUGGGUGCCACUGACACUUGGAGGACAACGGGGGUG